AUGGGGAAAGUAUCUUAUGGGUUUUUGGGUUUGAUGCUUGUUGUGGCGGUGAUAGGAGUUGUCGAGUGUAGGAGACUUGAGAAGGAGACGUUGGGAGGUGGUGGUGGUGGACUUGGCGGUGGGUUUGGUGGUGGAAAAGGUUUUGGAGGAGGAGUUGGUGGCGGUCUAGGAGGUGGUGCUGGUGGAGGGUUUGGAGGCGGCAUUGGUGGAGGCCACGGUGGAGGUAUCGGUGGUGGCGCUGGAGGAGGUGCCGGUGGUGGUCUAGGAGGAGGUGCCGGUGGAGGACUCGGAGGAGGCCAUGGUGGAGGUAUUGGUGGAGGUCUCGGAGGAGGCCACGGUGGAGGCAUUGGUGGAGGUCUCGGAGGAGGCCACGGUGGAGGCAUUGGUGGAGGUCUAGGAGGUGGUGCAGGAGGAGGUGCCGGUGGAGGACUCGGAGGUGGUGCCGGUGGAGGACUCGGAGGUGGUGCCGGAGGAGGUGCUGGUGGAGGGCUCGGAGGUGGUGCUGGUGGAGGGCUCGGAGGUGGUGCCGGAGGAGGUGCCGGAGGAGGUGCUGGUGGAGGUCUAGGAGGUGGUGCCGGUGGAGGACUCGGAGGUGGUGCCGGAGGAGGUGCUGGUGGAGGUCUAGGUGGUGGUGUUGGAGGAGGACAUGGUGGAGGAAUCGGUGGUGGUGUUGGAGGAGGACACGGUGGAGGUCUCGGAGGUGGUGCAGGUGGUGGUGCCGGUGGGGGAUUAGGAGGCGGUGCUGGUGGAGGUGCUGGUGGAGGCGCUGGUGGAGGUGCCGGUGGAGGUGCCGGUGGAGGUGCCGGUGGAGGUGCCGGUGGGGGAUUAGGAGGCGGUGCUGGUGGAGGUGCCGGAGGAGGCUUUGGUGGUGGUGCAGGUGGUGGUGCGGGUGGGGGAUUAGGAGGUGGUGCUGGCGGAGGUGCCGGAGGAGGCUUUGGUGGUGGUGCUGGUGGAGGUGCUGGCGGAGGAUUCGGUGGUGGAGCAGGAGGAGGUCACGGUGGAGGAGUUGGUGGUGGUGCAGGAGGAGGGGCUGGUGGAGGAGCUGGCGGAGGAUUCGGUGGUGGUGCAGGUCAUGGUGGAGGUGUUGGUGGAGGAUUUGGAGGUGGAUCAGGCGGAGGAUUUGGCGGUGGUGCUGGUGGUGGUGCCGGCGGAGGAGCUGGUGGAGGAUUCGGUGGUGGUGGUGGUGCCGGUGGUGGAGUUGGCGGUGGAUUUUAA